UCUAUCUGGGUUCGGUACCACCCACCACCGGAGUCUCUGGUGCAGGGCUGCAACGCGGUCGACACUAAACAUUCGGAAUAACUCGCCGGGCCAAGCGUCUUGCAACGACCCAUUAUCACCGUGGCCCCCAUUCCCAAAUCUUUCUCCCCCGGCGGCCGAUCUGACGGGCAAUGGGGGAUGCCUCCUCUAUCGGCUUACACCCCCUUUGAAUCGCUCCUCUUCUUCCAGUCCCUCGCUGCUUUAGACGCCCGACCCGCGAGUUUCGUUUCCAUUUCCGAUGUACUCCGCAACAACCCGUUCGUUCGCCAGAAUGCCGCCUUCGAUGCCGGAAGACUCGCCCCAGAGGCGCUCGAGGAGCUGUAUACGACGCUGAUCCGCGAUGGCGUCGACUCGGUCGGUGUCGUUGCGACCCAUGAAACGAAUGGUCACCAUACUGAAAGUCCUACCAAUCCGAAGAAGCGCAAGAUCUUGAGUCCCCAACCAGAUGGCUUGUCCGACAAGGGGUCAAGCCAUACCAGCAUGAUGCCAGGCUUGGUAUCGCAUUUGUACGCCAGGUAUAAGGAACUAGUGACGAGGGAGAUCAGGACUGAGGAGAAGAGGUACACGGAGAUUCGAAAUGAGAUUGAACAGUUGCAGAAUGAGGAACACGAAGCACAGCCGGAGCCUGUUAUGCGCCCACCGCAGCAGCCAGUUGCACCACCAAAACAAGAACCUGCGCCAGAACUGACUCUGGACGUGAAGGAAGAUGGGCCGGUCCAACAACAAUCUCCCAUUGUACCAACCCAGGCUAAGGCGCCGCUGCCAGUCUUGGAUAAGACACAGGGCCAGUUUGCACCCCAGAUCAGAGACUCGCAACCAGAUAAGCAACCACCAAAGCCCUCUCCUCCCCAGGCGCCUCCAGCACUUCCUGCGCAACCGACUGGACCACCACCGAAGGAACCGGCCAGAGCCAUCCAGCCGCAACCCCCACAACUUCAACCACCGGUUUUCCAGCCUCAGACAAUUCCACAGAUGGCAACGGGCCGGCCACCGCAACCACAGACACCAAAUGGAAAGCUUUUCCCGACGGCGCAAGCCAUCACUGCGCCGCGGACCGUUCCUGCAAAAGCCGGAAGUCUCGGUGUAUCAUUUGCGUCGCCGCAAAUACCACCCUCAAACACUACCGCGGCGAAUCGCGGUGUUGGACAACCGUCUGCUCCUAUGCCGCCCCAGACCGCACCCAACGCUAUCUCUACUCCACAGCAACCCGCGUCGGCUGGCAGAUCUGUUGGCAAAGCAGGCCCGCCAGCCACAGCGUCUACUCCAGUUCCACAACGUCUUCCCCCUCAGUCUAGUUUCCAGCAAUGGUCUCUGCACCAACCUCCGACACCUCAACCUCCACCCUCACUCAUCAAACCCAAGCCUGAGCCGUCGAAUAACGCCCCUCUCGAGAGACCUGUUCCACCGUUUCAGCAUCCUAUACCAAGCGUGGAGAGCAAGUUGGCUCUACAGGGCCCGCCGUCAACACCCUUCCCCUCAACUCCUGGCCCAGCGCCUCUGGCAGCGACUGUCUCACCAGCUUUGGGUGCUCCUGGUCCUGGCUUCCAAACUCCAGUAGGAGUUGGGCGAGCUGCGUUGAUUCCGGGCCCACCUGGCUCACGUCCUCUGCGGCCAUCAAUCGACACCAGUGGCUCACUUACGCCUUGGAAGAGGGCUCCACGCUUGAGUAUACCUCAAUCUCCGCGGUCACCAGAUCGGCCACGGCCAGAAGAAAUCAGUCCGAUCAGCGAAAAGGCUCCAUCCCUGCCUGGAUCUCGGGAAGCGACUCCGGAAGAGCCCGAGCCACGUCGUCUGAAACGUCGAGCUGAUCGCAAGGGUAAUUCAACGAGUUCUGAACCAAGCCAACCAGCCGCCGAUGCGGAUGUCAAAACUGGGACGAAGAGAAAAGCGGACAAGUUGGCACCAUCCACUGGAAAGGAUCGAGACCGAAGCACGGCAUCGUCAAGGAGUCGCGGACGAUCCGUCCUGUCGCGCGAUGACGAGUCAACCACAGAAGCGGGGACUCAAUCCAAAGUCAAGCACGAGAUGCCCAGUACUCCCGCCGGCGUUCCCGAGACCGCAGAGCCGGAACGUCCAUCUAUCAGUCGACCCGGCCGAGGACGGCCCAAACGCAAGCGGGCUCCCAGCGAAGAAGCCGAACCUACACCCGAAGUCAACCAGCUGAGCCGCCUUGACCCCAACCAAUCAACCCCAUAUGUGUUGUGUGCGCGCAGUUUCCCACGAACCGGCGCUCCCAUCAUGAACGAUGUCACCAUGCACAAGCAUGCCUCUAUCUUUGCCAAGCCGUUGGCGGAACGUGAUGCUCCUGGGUACCGAGACCUCAUUUAUCGACCACAGGAUCUCAAGUCCAUAAAGACAUUGAUGCACCAAGGUAGUAGGGCUGUUGCUGCGGCCACAGAAGCUGCUAGCACCCCUGCGGGCGAUGGCGAGUCCCCGGCUCCUGGUACCGGCACACCCUCCAAGAAUGCCGUCCUGAUGCUCCAGAAGACAGAGGAAGUCAUCCCGCCUAAAGGGAUCGUCAAUUCGGCGCAGCUCGAGAAGGAGCUGAUCCGCAUGUUUGCGAACGCAGUCAUGUUCAACCCCGUCCCGCAGCGUGGGUUCGGGCCUGGCUUUCCCAUGGUCAGCGACAGCGGCUCGCGGGCAAGCACGCAGGUGCCCGAGCUGGAUGAGGGCGGCAUUAUCAAGGACACAUUGGAGAUGUUCGAGGAUGUCGAGCAAGCCGUCACGCGAUGGCGGGCAGCCGAGCGAACCGCCGACGAGCUGACCAGCAAGAGCAUUCUGUCGCUCCGACGCGGCAGCGCAAGUGAUCCCAUGACGGACAGUGCAGACGAGGUCAAGGGGUCAUGACUUUUGCUUGCGAUAACGAUUUCAAGAGAAACCUAUGUAAUAAUAAACCAACGGAGAGAUGUAGACUUUUCUUCUUC